GCAUGUGCCUGUAAAUGAAUGUUUGCAUACAGAAUGACGCUCAGAAGAGUUUUGUAGCUAGCUAGCCUUAUAUUACGUUACGUAUAUUCAUUUGCAUAUUAAACAUCUUUAGUGAACAUAGAAUGCAAAUAUAUUGUACUAAAAGACUAGGUCCACAGCUUUUCCACCUUAGGCAGUCACUUUAAGAUCAAGGGAAUCCAAAGUAGCUAAGAUAGUUUUUCACCAUGACUGGCAAUCCGGUGGACUGCACCGUGAAGUCCCCGGUGGCACUUAAAAUUGGGGAUGCUGUAUCAGAUUUAUUCUGUCCGGGAGUCUAUAUAACGGACAUCGUGCUGGGAGAGCCAGAGAACAUACAAGAGAUCUCCUUCAAGAACUACUACACAGCAUAUCUGACGGUGUGUGUGUUGAAGAGGGAGGGGGGGACUGCAGACAGCCCUGUGAAGUGGGCCACCUGUGUGAGAAAUCACUGCCUGAUGGCCAACCCACACACUGAGGGAGGGUCACAGGACUACUUCUCCAUCUACAGACAGCAGAUGCUGACAGAGCCUGAUAACGUCACUACAGUGAGGCUCAUACAGCGGCAGCCUUCCUCAGUCUGGCUCAGCUUCGCCAUUGAGGAUAUCAAGAUUUACUCAGCUGCACAUGAAGACUCUGAGAGAGAUGUUCCCUCCUGGCUGUCCACCAUUACACCUGUUGAAGAACCUCUUGAUUUGAAUGGCCUUCCUGACCCGCAUGCGGUGUCAUCCAGCAUCCAGCAGAUGUGGGCCCUCACUGAGGUCAUGCAGUCCAGCCAGACCACAGCAUCUGUGGGCCGCUUCGAUGUGGAUGGUUGUUACGACAUCAACCUGCUUUCUUACACUUGAUGAAAUGUGACUGACCGUACAGCGGUAGCCAUGUUGCUAGGAGUCAAUUACACAUGCUUUUAGACUAGGCAGUGAUAGAUCACCAUUACCAUUAAAUGGUAGGUGACCAUGUAUGUCAUGACCUAGGACAAGUAAUAAUGCCAAAAGCAAACUUGGAAGAUAUGUAUGUAUGUAUGUAUGUAUUUAUUUAUUUAUUUAUUUACUGUUUUGUUGAAAAUUGUAUACUGCAUAAAGUCCUACAGAAAAAGUCCUUUAACUGCAAAAUUAGCUCAUUUUAGAGCAUGUGAGCAGCAUGUAUGUAUGUAUGUAUAUAUGUAUUCAACUUUUUUCUAAAUGUAAAACAUGACCAUUUUCUUCUGAAUUCAGAUUCCAUUGCUAAUACACUGCCUAGCCAAAAAAAGGUCACACACUAAUAUUUUGUUGGACCGCUUUUAGCUUUGAUUACGGCACACAUUCGCUGUG